AUGCCUAUUGAACUAGUUCUGUCUCCAAUAAUGAGACCAGUGGUGGUGGCCAAAUCUUUGGUGUUCCAUCCGCAUCGACGAGCAUCUCGGUACGUGCCCAGGGUUGUCGAACUUACAGACACCCCUUCUGAGUAUGCUAUUAGAAAAAGAUUUGGAACCGGUUCAAAGGUGUUUGAUGUGUUUGAUACCCAAGCCGAAGGAUCAGGCCCAAUUGGUCCUACAGAUGCUUCUCAGAGGAUAUUCUGGUUUGUCCGUUCUAGAUCUGUCAAGGGAGCUUACAAGAUGUAUUCAUCUAGCAUCACAAACACAGGACCUAAUGGUGAAGACGAACCCGUUGCCGCUGUUAGAGCUGGAUUGAGAUCCAAUGUUCUGUUGAUCAGAGCCCCAGACGUGCCUGCGGCAGAACUAGGAUGGCAUGUUAUCAACCACCGUGUGGAUGCCAAUGACAGUUAUAGAAUGUUCACAUUAGCUGAUGGAGUAACUUAUCAAUGGACUUAUAAGGGCAAAUGGUUAGAGAGAGUCACCAAUGUAGGAGAGAAAGAAUCUGAAAUCAGGGAAAGGAUAGGCCAAGUUGUGCCUGCUGCAGGAGCAGGAUUCACCUUGAGGGUAGACGAGACUAAAAUUCCAAGAGAGCUGGCCAUAUCCACUGCUUUAUGCUCAUACAUUGAUCAAUGGAACACUCAACUAGAAGUUGGUGGUAUAUACUAUGCUUCUCAACCAUACCAAGUGAGAUGGAAGAGAGAUUAG